AUGAAAGGAGUUUCAAGGCAGGAAGUGGGAGAAGAAGUGAAGCAGCAGCUGAGGUUAGCUGGGCCUCUUUUCACUGUGGGCCUUCUGCAGUACAGUUUGCAGGUGAUAUCUGUCAUGUUUGUGGGCCAUCUUGGUGAAUUGCCACUUUCCGCUGCUUCAGUUGCUACUUCCUUUGCAUCUGUCACUGGUUUCAAUUUGUUGAUGGGCAUGGCUAGUGCAUUGGAUACGUUAUGCGGCCAAUCAUUUGGAGCAGGACUGCACAAUAUGCUUGGCAUACACAUGCAAAGAGCUACCUUUGUUCUCUCAUUUGUAAGUGUCUUUCUAGCAAUCAUGUGGGCCUUUGCCAAACACAUUCUAGUUGCCAUGCACCAGCAAGUAGCCAUAGCUGAGGAGGCUGGUGUAUAUACCCUUUACAUGAUUCCAAGCCUUUUUGCUUAUGGUGUCCUUCAAUGCCUUCUCAAGUUUCUAAACUCUCAAACCAUUGUCGUCCCUAUGAUGUUGGUCUCUGCAAUGGUGGCUUUAUUUCACAUACUUUUAUGUUGGAUGUUAGUUACUAAGUCAGGACUUGGAAGUAAGGGAGCUGCCAUAGCAAAUUCAGUAUCGUAUUGGCUAACUGUGAUGCUGAUAGCACUUUAUGUGAAGUUUUCUUCCUCAUGUGAAAAAUCAUGGACUGGCUUCUCAAAGAAGGCCCUGCAAGAUAUCCCAGAAUUUCUUAAAAUUUCUAUUCCUUCAGCUGUUAUGCUUUGCUUAAAGGUUUGGACAUUUGAACUAAUGGUUCUGCUAUCUGGUCUUCUUCCAAAUCCACAGUUAGAAACUUCAGUUUUAUCUAUAUGUCUCAAUACAUUUUCAAUUGCCUGGAUGAUUCCCUUUGGAUUAAGCUGCGCUGUGAGCACAAGGGUCUCAAAUGAACUAGGAGCUGGGCAUCCCCAAGCUGCAAGUCUUGCAGUUCAGGUUGCUCUCUUCAUGUCCUUUGUUGAGGGUGUUAUGAUAGUAUUACUCAUGAUUCAACUUAGAAAAAUAUGGGGCAAUCUUUACAGCAGUGAAACAGAAGUUAUAAAAUAUGUAGCAGCCAUGAUGCCUAUUCUCGCUAUCUCCAGCUUCCUUGAUGGGAUUCAAAGUGUUCUUUCAGGCGUUGCAAGAGGUUCUGGCUCGCAAAAGAUCGGGGCAUUUGUGAAUCUUGGAUCAUUUUAUUUUGUGGGAGUUCCUUCUGCAGUGGUGUUAGCUUUUGUUUUACAUAUGAAAGGGAAGGGCCUUUGGUUGGGGAUUAUCUUUGCAUUCAUCAUGCAAGUGAUACUUUUUGGUGUCAUUACCAUUCAAACUAGCUGGGAGAAAGAAGCAAAUAAGGCAGCAAUAAGAGUCAGAAACACCAAAAUCCCUCUGGAGAUGCCCGAGGGAGAUCCAAUUAUCGUCUCAGAAUUGGAUUGA